GGUAAGGCAUGGCCGGGUUGGAUGGAUGGGCAGCAGCGCGCCCGCACGGAGCAGCUCGGGGUGCCGGGGUUCCAAGGUACCCAGGCGGGCAUCGGCCCCUCGACACCCCCUCCCCAGUACCCCCCAUCCUAUCCGCGCCUUGGGACCAUCUGCCUGCCGAGGCGGGCCAGCAUCCUACGAGCGGCCUCAUACUUUUUCGUUUCUGGCUUGUCCCCUCGGCCUGAGACCCGGAGCUCGCUACUGGGAACUGGCAAAACUGACCUACGGAUAUGGGCGCAGUUAGCCCGGAGCCCAGGGGAGGCGCCCUCCCUAGGCCACCACUACUCAUGCAGUCCACUCCGCCCUCUGGCCUCUGAUGUCAUGAGUAACACGACAGUGCCCAAUGCCCCCCAGGCCAACAGCGACUCCAUGGUGGGCUACGUGUUGGGGCCUUUCUUCCUCAUCACCCUGGUCGGAGUGGUGGUGGCCGUGGUAAUGUAUGUGCAGAAGAAAAAGCGGGUGGACCGGCUUCGCCAUCACCUGCUUCCCAUGUAUAGCUAUGACCCAGCAGAAGAGCUCCACGAAGCUGAACAGGAGCUGCUGUCUGAUGUGGGAGACCCUAAGGUGGUUCAUGGCUGGCAGAGCGGCUACCAGCAGAAGCGAAUGCCCCUGCUGGACAUCAAGACAUGAAGGUCUGCGCCACUUGUCACCCACCCAGAUAGGUACGGGGCAUCUGAGCACCUACAGCUGGCCCCGAGCCAGGCCUACCAGGCACUGGCGGGCCUUUCUUCCUUGUGGAGUGGGUAUAGCACAGCACCUUGUCUCCUCUAGCCAAUUCCCAUGGUGACCGGCCCAGAUGCAUAGUUGUAUAUAUUUUGUAAAUAAAACUUUUGUGGCCUCAA